AUGGUAACAUCUCGGCUGGAUCAGUCAACGCUUCGAGAGUGGCAGAGGGCUGCCGAAAAGGGUAGAAUGCCUACCUACAAUGAACUGAUCAAGUUUAUUCGUGAAUAUGUGACUGAACUCGAAACACUCUACUCGGAGAGAUGUAUCUACUCUUCAUCCGGGAGCAAAGUAUUUCUACAGCAAUCUACUCCUGCCACAGCAUGUAAUCUCAAGGAUAUGUGCCCUGUUUGUAAAAAGGGACAUCGUCUCUACUAUUGCGAUCAGUUUAAGCAUCUGUCUCUGCCUCGUCGAACUUCGAUAGUGGAGGAAUCAGGUUUGUGCGCUAACUGCCUAUGCGGAAGGCAUGACUCAGCUAGUUGCAAGUAUGGUGUAUGUCGUGAUUGCGGAGCCAAGCAUCAUACUCUGCUUCACGACAGUAAAUUAUAUUCUUCACCGUCAAUGCAUCGUUUAAGCUUUUCCUCACAAGAACCAGCUGCUUCAAACGUCGUCAUGCAACCUAAAACACACUCGGUGACGUCUCGAUUCGAGCAAUCUGUCCCAAGUCAAGUAUUUCUUGCUACUGCUAUUGUAAAGGUGUUGGGACCUAGAGGAAAUUCGUUUCUUGCGCGCGCUCUACUCGAUAAUGCUUCGCAGCCGAACCUUAUGACAGAAAGAUUUCGUCGGCUUAUCAAUGCUCGUAAGACAAUGGCUAACAUAGAAAUCGCUGGUAUUGGAGGUGACGUUGCCACAGUUGCAAGUCACUCUUCGGUUGCAACCGUAGCCUCCCGUUUUAAUAACUUUCGUGUGCCGCUAGAUUUUGUCAUCAUGGAAAAGGUAACCAACGAUUUACCAACAUGGAGUGUUGAUACCCGUGACUGGAACGUACCGGAGAACGUAAACCUCGCUGACCCAUCGUUCGCUUCGAAAGGUCCUAUCGACAUUGUUUUUGGAGCUCAGGUAUUUUUCGAACUUAUCCGCAGAGGUCAUCAGAAAAUCGGAAAGGACAAGCCACUUCUACAAAAUUCGGUGUUUGGUUGGUUGGUAUCUGGCUUACAAUACAACGAUACUACAGAACAAACUCAGUUACAUUGUCAUCUGGCAACUUAUCGGGAAUUGGAAAAACGUGUCAGAAAGUUUUGGGAAUUGGAGAACUGUCAGGUUAACUCAACUUGGUCCCUGGAGGAGAAGGAAUGUGAAAACAGUUUCACAGCCACCACUGGCCGGGAUUCGACUGGGCGCUACGUUGUUUCGCUACCCAAAAAACAAGAGCUUAUUGGUCAACUCGGAAAUUCGCUGUCAAUUGCCACUCGUCGGUUUUACUGCCUAGAGCGACGGUUAGAACGUGAUCCACAACUCCGUCGCCAAUAUUCUGACUUCAUGUCUGAAUAUAUUCGUCUUGGACAUAUGAAAUUGAUUGAUCCAGCGAUUAACUCUUCAAACCAUAACUACUAUUUGCCGCAUCAUGCUGUUUUCAAACCGGACAGCACUACCACUAAGCUUCGUGUGGUUUUCGACGGUUCAUGUAAAACCACUUCUGAUUAUAGCCUAAACGAUUUGCUCCUGAAGGGUCCAACAGUGCAAGAUGAAAUGAUUGUUACAAUACUUCGCUUUCGUUCUAAGGCGGUCGCCGUAACUGCUGACAUCACGAAAAUGUAUCGUCAGAUUUGGGUAGCUGAAAGUGAUCAAUCAUUGCAAAGACUUCUGUGGAGAAGCUCACCGUCGGAGCCGCUUUGUACGUACGAACUUACAACUGUGACGUAUGGUACAACAACUGCACCCUAUUUAGCAACUCGCUGUUUACAACAACUAGCAGAUGAUGAAGCUAAAAAUUUUCCAGCUGCUGUACAAGUUGUGAAAAAGGGAUUCUACGUCGACGACCUUAUGAUUGGAUUCGAUUCUCUAGAAGAAGCUUCUCUCGCAGUGGUUGAAACAUCGAAAAUGCUAGCGUCCGCAGGAUUUCCCCUUCGCAAAUGGUCAUCGAACUGUCCGCAGAUUCUUAAACAUUUUCCUACAGAUCAUGUAGAACAAUCUUCCGUAUUAGAGCUUGAUAAAUCCGCUCCGAUCAAAACUCUUGGCCUCUUAAGGAAACCAAAAAACGACAUCCUCCUUUUCAAGAUUCCUGAAUGGUGCGUGCAAUCAAAACCGACAAAGCGAAGCAUACUAUCUCAGGCUUGCAGCUUGUUUGAUCCUUUAGGAUUAGUCGGUCCAGCAAUAAUUCUAGCUAAAAUAUUCAUUCAAACUCUUUGGGAACGAAAUUUAGGAUGGGACGAGCCAUUAUCUCAAGAAUUGUGUAAAAAAUGGGCUCAAAUUGCUGGACAACUACCACUGCUCAAGGACCUCAACAUUCCACGUUUCGUAUUGUGCGACAAAGUGCUCUCAAUUCAAAUGCAUGGCUUUGCUGACGCGUCCCAGUAUGCAUAUGGGGCAUGUAUUUACUUCCGUUCCGUUUGCGAGUCUGGUGCAGUGGUUUCUCGCUUGAUGGUUGCUAAGUCGCGAGUCUCUCCAUUGGAAAAACGAAGGCCAACACUAGCAAAACUCGAGCUGUGCGCAGCCAAGCUCUUGGCAAAUCUGCAGAAAUGGGUUUCUGAUUGUACAGCAAUACAGUGUCCUGUAUACUUGUGGUCAGAUUCAACAAUUACGCUUCAUUGGAUUUCGGGUCAGCCUUCAACUUGGGCGGUAUUUGUGGCGAACCGUGUUGCAGAAAUUCAGGAUUUGACAAAAUCUGCCACUUGGCUCCACGUCUCAACAGCAGACAAUCCAGCAGAUCAUAUUUCGUGCGGACUAACUCCAUCGUCUAUAAUUGGAAACGAACUUUGGUGGCACGGUCCACGCUGGCUUUCGGAUCCCUGUAAUGAGUGGCCAAAAACAUCGACGUUGUGGAAGAAUAACAGUCCAUCAGAUUUGGAUCUCGAAAAACGGAGAUCAACCGUUUUUUCUGCGAUAUGCACUACUCCUGGCGAUACAUGGAUUCGACAGUAUCUCCAAAAUUAUAACUCGUUACACAGUGCUCUACGAAUUCUCGCUCACUGUAUGCGAUUUGUUACAAACUGUAAACGUCGCAAGAUCGACAGAGUCACAGGAUUUCUUUCUGCAUCUGAAAUAUGCGUCGUUGAAGUUACGUUAAUUCGACAGAUACAGAAAACCGAUUUUCGUGAAGAUUAUACAAGGCUUCAAUCUCAGAUAUCCAUUAGCAAAAACUCUUCAUUACGCUAUUUCAAGCCGAUAAUGUUGGAAAAUGAACAGCUUAUAAGAAUUGGCGGUGGAUUGAAAAACGCGCCGAUACCGUUUGGACGCAAACACCCAAUUAUUUUACCGAAAAAUCAUCCAUUCACGGAUCUCAUGUUUCUCGAUAAACACGAAGAAACGCUUCACACUGGACCUACUAACCUUCUCGCUGCUAUUCACCGCCGGUACUGGCCGGUUGACGGACGCAACAAAGCUCGCUCCGUAAUCCACAAAUGUCACACCUGUUUCCGAAAUAAACCAACGUUUGCGCAACAGGUAAUGGCUGAUUUACCGGCAGUUCGAGUAACGCCUUCUCGCCCAUUCACAAAUACUGGAGUAGACUUUCUUGGACCUGUCUACAUUAAGCCUCCUCGAAAACAAUACGCUAUUAAAGCGUACAUCUGUGUAUUCGUCUGUAUGGUAACGAAAGCAGCUCACUUAGAAUUAGUGCUCAAUCUUACCACCGAAGCAUUCCUUGCUGCACUUCGUCGAUUCUGUGCUCGUCGUGGUUAUCCAUUGAACAUUUAUUGCGACAACGCGACUAACUUCGUAGGCGCAAAUAGAAAGCUCCAAGAACUGCGAAAACUAUUCCAUUCACAACAACAUAAACUGCAAGUGGCAGGUGAAUCCACUCGUUUUGGAAUAACAUUUCAUUUCAUUCCCCCACGUUCACCCUCAUUUGGUGGAUUAUGGGAAGCUUGCGUAAAAUCAACAAAAAAUAUACUAAACCGUGUAACCAUGGAUGUGCUUCUUUCUCAAGAAGAAAUGACUACUACGGUGGCUCAAAUCGAAGCGUGUUUAAAUUCACGACCACUCACACCUUUAUCCAACGACCCUGAUGACUUAGAAGCCCUCACUCCUGGUCAUUUUCUUAUCGGUGCUACUCUCCAAAUGAUACCGGAGCCCGACCUUUCCUCACUCACUCCAAACCGCCUGUCUCGCAGGCAACAAAUGCAACGGGUGCUGCAAUCUUUUUGGUCCCGUUGGUAUAUGGAAUACUUACCUACUCUACAAAGGAUUCAACGGUGGCCUGGCGAACAUCCGAACCUUUCCGUCGGAGAUAUGGUGCUAGUUCAUGAGGACAACUUACCGCCUACGAAAUGGCCUAUUGCACGUGUCGUUAAGACGAUUGCUGGUGAGGAUAAGUGUGUGAGGGUUGCAGAUGUUCUAUUUGGGGACAACAAAAUCUAUCGCCGUACGAUUCGCAACAUGUGCCCACUUCCACAAGACGAUCCUAGAGACGCCACAGAUACUAUGGACCCCGCUUCAACACCGUAA